AUGACAGAUUUUUGUUCCUGGAAAUGCGCUUGUGUUUUGCGGUUGAUUUUCCUGUGUGUCAUGGAUUCGGAUAAUUUGGUAGCCACCUAUGGGCUUGAGGUGGCUCAUCAAAAUGGUGUUCAUGGACAACCUGGUGUUGUUUCAGACAACAUAAAUGGGACUGUCAGCGAAACUACUACGACCGAGACUGCAGCUUCAAAUGGGAAAAUCGAAAAUAUCGUCAAGUUGGAUGAUGGUGUGACUAAUAACUCAUCUACUGGGGAAGCCAAAGAGGAAUCCACUGUCAACCCUGAAAGAAAUGGUUUGACUAUUGCUUUGACUAUUGCUAAGGAAGGGGAAGUGAAAGGCUAUCCUCAUUCAAAGCAAACCAAAGUGCAGAAAGGUCAAGGUAAGAGCAAGAAUGAGAAGCCUUCUGGUCCCAAGAAUGUCUCGCCAGUUUGGGUGAAGAAAAGUAAAGAUGGAAAUGAUGGAGAGGUGACAGCUGCUGUCUCAAAUGGUUCAGCUGCUACAACUUCACGCCCAAAACAGCCUAACAAGACUAGAUCAUUUAAUGGGCGACAGGUUCAGUCAUCCAAUCAGCAACUUGAGAAAUCCGAUACAGAAUUGUCUGAAGGCACCAUGGAGAAGACAAAGCUGAAGCCUUUGAAAAAAGACUCCCUUAAUAAGGCUGAAGGAGAAUCACAAUCCUCUUUAAGUCCUACAGAAGGAGACAUGAAACCGCCUAGGGUCAGUACACUUCCGAACUACGGUUUCAGUUUUAGGUGUGAUGAACGAGCUGAGAAAAGGAGAGAGUUCUACACUAAACUCGAGGAAAAGAUACAUGCAAAGGAGAUGGAGAAGAAUAAUUUGCAAGCCAAGUCUAAGGAAACUCUAGAAGCUGAGAUUAGGAUGCUCAGGAAGAAACUGACUUUUAAAGCAACUCCAAUGCCAAGCUUCUAUCAGGAGCCUCCACCUCCUAAGGUGGAGCUAAAGAAGAUACCAACAACAAGGGCCAAGUCUCCCAAGCUCGGCCGUAGAAAGAGCUUACCUCCCGCUGUUUCUGAAGGAAACAGUAAUACCAAUGAUCGAUCAAGCAGGCUUAGUCUCGAUGAGAAAGUUCCUCAGAACUCUGCUAAAGGGCCUUCUCCUGUGCAUCCAAAGAAGCCACAACGGAAGUCUCUUCCUAGACUGCCGUCUGAAAAGACCACUUUACCUAAUGCGGGGAAUGAGCGAAAAAUUACUUCUAAGACAACAAAUGAGGGAAAAAACAACUUAAUUGAUGCAAUGAAUGAGGAGAAUGCCACCUUGCCCAAUGCAAAAAGUGAAGCUGGAUCUGACACCCAAGAGCAGGGGGCAGUUCCGAAGGCUGAGACAAGUGAAGCACAGCCCCAUACAGAUGACGAGACAGUGGUUGAAGAGCAACAUGAUCCCAUCUAUGUUCAAGAAGAACCUAUAGCCUUGGAGCAUUGA